AUAUUAAAAGGGGAUGCCAAAGAAUCAUUAUCAUUAUUCUUUCAAAUGAUAUUGUCCGCUGUUAUACCAAACGAGUUCACCUUCUCUACGAAUCUAAGGGCAUGCGGGCUUUUGGGCAGUCUUGAAAAUGGAAUGCGAAUACAUGGUAUGUGUGUUAAGAGAGGAUUUGAGAAGCUGCUUGUAGUGGGAAAUUCUAUUACUGACAUGUACUCGAAAUGUGGAAGAAUUAAUGAAGCGGAGAUAAUGUUCAAAUCAAUGCCAAUCAAGAAUCUUAUAAGUUGGAAUGCAAUGAUUGCAGGAUACACACUUGCAGGAUAUGGUGCAAAAGCUAUCAGUGCGUUCCAGAGGAUGCAAGGAGAUGGGAUGAUUCCUGACGAAUUCACAUUAACAAGCAUGUUGAAAGCUUGUGCUGGUCUUGACACAAUUCAUGGAGGAAAGCAAGUUCAUGGUUUCUUGAUCACAAGUGGAUUCCCAUGUUUGGCUAAGGCAACAACUGCAGGCGCUCUUAUAGAUUUAUAUGUAAAAUCUGAAAAUUUGUUCGAAGCUCGGAAAGUAUUCAAUCACGUUGAGGAGAAGAAUGUCAUAUCCUGGAGUUCGCUGAUCUUAGGUUAUGCCAAAGCCGAGAACUUGAAUGAGGCUCUGGAUUUAUUCAGGCAGCUUCGCAUCAGUUGCUCACGAAUAGAUGGUUUUGUGCUAUCAAGCAUUAUUGGUGUGUUUGCUGAUUAUGCUCUUGUGGAGCAAGGUAGGCAAAUGCAUGCCUACACCGUUAAAAUUCCAUCUGGUCUAGAAACAUCAGUAUGUAAUUCAAUUGUGGACAUGUAUCUCAAGUGUGGAAUGAUAGAUGAAGCAGAGAGAUCUUUCAAGAAAAUGACAAUGAGAAAUUUGGUUUCCUGGACGGUAAUGAUCACUGGCUAUGCAAAUUAUGGUCUGGGAAAAGAAGCAAUUCAUCUCUUUGAUGAAAUGCAGUUAAGUGGAGUGGAACCUGAUGAGGUGACUUAUUUAGCGAUACUCUCAGCUUGUAGCCAUUGUGGACUC